AUGCUUGCCAUCCGUCCAGCAAUCUGUAGGGCGAGCAAGAGGGUUCAGGUUAGCCGAAUCCCUGCGAGGGGGCUCGCGACCGCCAGCAGCCCAAUUCACCAGCCGCCCCGCGACAACUACGUGAAGCUCGUGGAGGUCGGUCCUCGCGACGGGCUGCAGAACGAAAAGAAGACGAUACCCCUUGCCACCAAGGUCGAUUUGAUUGAAAGGCUCGCCAAAACGGGCGUCUCUACGAUUGAAGGCGGCAGUUUCGUCUCUCCUAAAUGGGUUCCUCAGAUGGCCAAUUCAAGCGACAUCCUCGAGCACAUCCUGAAACGAAACAUCUCCUCCCCAUUGCAGCAAACAUCAUACUCGUUCCUCACCCCGAACAUAAAGGGACUGCAAAACGCCCAGGAGCUGCUGGCGAAGUACCCCGGCGCUUUCGCAUCGCAGCUCCAGCCAUCAGCAGACACAUCAAAGCCCGCCGUCGAAAUUGCCGUCUUUGCGGCCGCGACCGAGUCCUUUUCCAGAAAGAACCUCAACUGCGACAUUGCGACAUCACUCGACCGUUUCCGUGAGGUCAUCCGCGAUGCCAAGGCCGCCGGUCUCCGCGUCCGCGCAUACGUUUCCGUCGUCCUCGGCUGCCCCUUCGAGGGCUAUGACGUCGACCCGCACAAGGUGGCCGAGAUAUCUACGGAACUGUUGGAGUCGGGGGCCGACGAGGUUUCGCUGGGAGACACCACCGGCAUGGGCACGGCUCCACGGACGAAGGAACUGCUGAACUGUAUGAGAGCUGCGGGCAUCAGGAAUGAGGAUAUUGCCAUGCACUUUCACGACACGUACGGCCAGGCGCUGGUGAACACGGCCGUUUCUUUGGAACACGGCAUUCGCACGUUUGACAGCAGUGUUGGUGGGCUUGGAGGAUGUCCGUACAGCCCUGGUGCUACCGGCAACGUGUCCACAGAGAACAUGAUUUACUUUAUCGAAAGUUUGGGCAUGGAGACUGGCAUUGAUCUGGAUGCCAUGUCGGAUAUCGGUGCUUGGAUCACGGGCGAGCUGGGAAAGGCCAACGACAGCACUGUUGGCAAGGCGGUAUUAGGAGCCAGAGAUCGUGAAGAGGCGGCGUAA